AUGGAUCAAAACGAUAUCCAACAUUCCACUCGCUCCUCCAUUCAUGACGAGAAAUCUCAUCAUAACGAUGAUGAUUCCUUCGAUUAUGAAAUGCAGGAAUAUUCUCCAAUUCCCAUGGUCUCCACUAUCCAACCCACUACAACCUAUAUCCCACAAUACUCGGUAGACUCUAACUCCGCCAAACCUGCAUUCCCCAUCCAAGAAGUCAUCCCAAACUCUCAUGAAGCUUUGACAAUGGAUAUAAACUCAUCCUCUGGAAUGCAAUUAAACCCUUCCAAGAAUCUACGUGCAAGAACUUCUCAAGCUAAACAUACCACUUCUUCCUCUAUCCAUUCAAAUUCUCAAUAUUCAUUAGAUAAUGAUAUAGAUUCCAAAAAUGAUGAUGUCUCUCAAUCAGUCAAUAGAUUAUCACAAUCUCAAGUUGAUUCUGCUCAAAUGACAAAUGCAAACUCUCAGGGGAUCCCUAUGAUGGUGAAACCCAAAACUUUAUAUCAAAAUCCUCAAACUCCAACUGUGCUUCCCUCCACAUAUCAUCCGAUUAGCAAAUGGUCUACAGUCAAACAUACAUAUUUAAAGGAAUUCCUUGCCGAAUUCAUGGGUACUAUGGUAAUGAUUAUCUUUGGUGAUUCUGUUUGUUGUCAAGUUAAUUUGGCAUCAAAGAUUCAACAAAAUACUUAUGUACAAAGUCUUUUGAAAUUAAAAUCUAAAGGUGUUGCCACUGAAGAUUUGGUAGACACAAUGGAAACUCUUGAAACUUUAGUCUCCUCCACUUCAGGUGGUACUUUUGAUGAUAUCGCUAUGGGUUGGGGUGCUGCCGUUGUGAUGGGUUAUUUCUGUGCUGGUGGUAGUGCAAUCUCAGGGGCUCAUUUAAACCCUUCCAUUACAAUUGCAAAUUUCUUCUUCAGAGGGUUCCCCAAGAAGAAAAUCCCUUAUUAUUUGAUUGGUCAAAUGCUUGGUGCUUUCAUUGCAGCUUAUAUCACUUUUAUUUAUCAUAAAAAAAUUAUCUUACAAGCGUACCCUGAUGAUUGGUGGAAAAAUGAAAGUGUAGCCAAUUUAUUCUUUGUCUUCCCCAAGGAAUAUUUGUCACCUGCAAGACAAUUCAUUGGUGAAUUUGUUUGUACCGCAAUGUUACAAGCAGGUAUGUUUGCUCUAACUGAUCCUUAUACUUGUUUAUCUUCAGAUGUGUUCCCCUUGAUGUUAUUCAUCUUAAUAUUUAUGAUUAAUGCCUCUAUGGGGUACCAAACUGGUUGUGCCAUGAAUAUGGCAAGAGAUUUGGGUCCUCGUUUAGCUAUGUACACUUUAGGAUUUGAUAGAAAAGUCAUUUGGAUUAACCAUCAUCAUUUCUUUUGGAUCCCCAUGGUUGCACCAUUCUUGGGUUCUUUAACUGGUGCUCUAGUAUAUGAUGUUUGUAUCUAUCAAGGUCAUGAAUCUCCUGUCAAUUGGCCAUUCACUCUAUACAAAGAAAAAUUGGUAAGAUCAUGGCACAGAAGACCAGGUUGGAAAAAGAGAAGUAGAAAGAGAGCUACUUCUGAUUUAAGUGAAUUCUCUUAUGCUACUGAUGAUAUUGAUAAUUCUUCGGAUUAUGGGUUACAACCAACAAGUUCAAUGAAAAAGACUACUACAACUUCCACUGCUUCAGAUUUAGAGGAUGAAAUUAGACAUCCUUCAGUACAAUUCAAAUCAGUACAAAAGGAUGCUAAAAGAUUAUACGGUGGGAUCCCAACCAUUUUGGAAAAUGAGGAUAGUUUAGAAACUGCUUCUUUCAGUAAUACAUCAGGUUCAUUGGUUUUCUCAGAUAAACAACUUCAAUAA